UAGUUGUAUUUGUAUUGUCUCUCUAUAUAUACAUUACCAUGUACCCUAUUGUAAGGUGUGAAAUACAAUUAUUCAGUUGUGUCAAUAUGGUAUCGGAGCAUAGGUUCCAAAAACCCUAAAAUCUCGGUGGCUUCAUUGCCGCCCCCUUCCCAUCAAUUUUUUCUUCUUCCUCUUGAUUCUUCAUCAUGGCAAAAGGUACCCAUGAUCCGUUUGAUACCUUACCUGGGGGCCUAAAACUCUUUCUUCGCAAUCUUCAUGCCUUGAUUCCUACCAAAUUGGAGGAUCACAAUUAUCCUGCCUGGUCGUCCACAGUCCGGGCCACGCUUGUUGCUCAUCGGUUGUUGGAAUUUGUUGAUGGUACUGCGCAGCCACCGCCUCCCACAAUUGUCGACGAAAAGGCUCCAGCGGCUGCCGAUGGAGUUCCGGUUCUCAAACCGAAUCCGGCUUAUGAGCAGUGGACUAUUCUUGACGCUCAACUCCGUGCUGCUCUUCUUGUCACACUAUCUCCCUCAGUUCAGAAUCUUGUUCAUCUAUGCCCUACUGCUGCUGCCAUCUGGGAUCACCUUCAUCAACGGUAUAAUUCUCUUUCUCGCACGCAUAUCUUCCAACUCAAAGAGCAACUUCACAAUUUACGUAAGGGAGAAUUGUCUAUGCAAGCAUAUCUUGACGAGGCUCUCAAAAUUGUCACUGCACUUUCUCUUGCACGAGAGCCUGUCCCCGAACAAGAUCUUAUUCUCAAUGUCCUACGUGGUCUUCCCUCGGAAUAUGCAUCCCUCAAACAAAAUGUUCGAACAAACAUUACUGAUCUCACGUUCAACAAGAUGUUCAUACCGCUCUCUAUACUCAUAAUCGUGGAGGAGGAUCACGUGGGCGUGGGCGAGGACGACUGCCCAGUUUCUGGGGAGGACGCAUCAGUGGUAAUGGGGGCCGAACCUCUUCUGACUGUAACAUUGGCCGAGGUCGCAGCAGUGGUCAGUGGAAUCCUUUACUUAUUUGUCAAAUUUGUGGCAGGUCUAAUCAUGGAGCGUGGCAGUGUUGGGAUCGUUAUAAUGAAGAUGUCAAUGGCCCUUCUCAACGAACGAACAAUCAAGCCUUGUACACUGUAUCCCCUACAGACUCUAAUCAGUAUUGGCACUUAGACUCAGGUGCAAGUACUCAUGUUACGUCUGAUUUAUCAAGACUCCAAAAUCCUAUUCCUUAUCACGGUCAAAAUUCUGUUUUCACUGCUGGGGGACAAUCCCUUCCGAUUUCACAUGUUGGCUCAGGUGUCCACUCCCACAGGUACUUUUACCAUAUCAAACCUCCUUCAUGUUCCCCAUUUAAAAACCCACCUCUUAUCUGUCCAUAAAUUUACCAAAGAAAAUAACUGCUCUCUUAUUUU